GUUAAUUCACACUUCUGCCAAUGACGGUAUUACUUUAAAUUUUAACGAUAGUUAAAGAAAUGUACAGUCAAGCAUACGACGACUCGCCGUUGCCAUUAAUAGCGAAUUACACAGUUAUUAAGGAGGCGGCAAUAGAAGAUAAGAGAGAGACAGAAGAUCGUGUUAUUCUUGAAAUUGGAAGACAAGAUGAUAAGCCCAAAGAAGAACUCACUUUUUCUCAUAAGAAAUAUGAUAAGACGAUUUCGCAUCACAGGUCAUAUAUUUUGGAAGAUUACUCAGAACCGAGAAGGAUUACGUAUUUUAGGCCUCAUGAAUUGGAACAAUCUUCCCAUGAAAGUCUAAGAUACAUAGAGCACGAAGAAUACAGGGACGUCAACAUGAUAGAUGCAGCUAGUUCUAAAUCUUCUAUUGACUUCUCACACGAAUCGCACGAUAAUGGUAGACUUUCUGAUGAUCAGCAAGACGCCAUUUUGAAUUGGAAAGAGAGAGCAAUGCAGCUAGAGAAAGAAUACAAGAAAACAGCGUGUGAUAGAGAGAGGACGCGAAUGAGAGAUAUGAAUCGCGCAUUUGAUUUGCUUCGUUCAAAAUUGCCAAUAACGAAGCCUUCAAAAAAGAAGUACUCUAAAAUUGAAUGUCUUCGGAUAGCAAUAUGUUAUAUCCGUCACUUAGAGUAUAUGCUAGCUGGCGGAUGUCCAGAGGAAAACUCUACUUUUUUCGAUCCCCAAGUCAUCGAGGAGAGGCAAAGACAUCAAAGAUUUUGA